AUGGGCAUCUGCUUUCACGGUAUGGCCCAGAUAGCUGACAGCAAUGAAUUCAAACCAAGUUCAUCACCGUCUUUGGGCACAGCAAGGGCCAAAGAAGUGGACAAAGAAGAAGCUUUGCAAAUGGAAGCAGAGGCUCUGGCUAAGAUGCAAAAAGAGAAAGUGGUAGCCUGUAGUAGACAAAGCAUUGGCACUUUAAGCAGCUCCUGGCCAAAUGUACAGUCCCGCAGAAAACAGGACUAUGAUCUAAUGGUGUUUCCAGAGUCUGAUGUCAAGAAAACCAUGGGUGACAAGUUAAACACCAUUGACAUAGAGAAAAUUACCCAUGCUGAGCUAGAGAAACUCUUGCUGGAGGACAGCUUCGAAGCCAGCAAGCCACCUACGUUGCCACCGACUCCUAUUAUAAGUCCAUCAUUCCCUUCACAGUUUUAUGCUAGCUCUGCUGCUCAGUGGACAACUGGGUUACCUGGGCCUUCACCUUGCAGUGUACCUUCUAUUUACUCUGCACCUUCUUACAGUAAACAAGUUGGUAUCUUUCAGAAUGGCUUCCAUCCAGGUAUGUCCUCUUACCAGUCUACAAAGCCUGUUUAUCUUGGUCUUCCAGAGAGGUCGCAGUAUAUUUCAUACUCCUUGCCAGCUGCCACAACUUUCCAUCCACAAGGAAGCUUGCCUGGAUAUCAUCCAACUCUUACACCUGAAAUGGCAAAAGUAUUUGAUAAGAUAGCAAGCACUUCUGAAUUUCUAAAAACUGGGAGAGCAAGCACAGACUUUGAGUUGACUGAUGCUAAAUCUACAAUUAGUUUGCCAAGUUCUGAAAGCGUCAGUGAUAUUAGUAAAUUUGACUGGUUGGAUUUGGAUCCUUUAAGUAAACCCAAAGUAGACAGUGUGGAUAUUUUGUACACUGCAGAAGAUUCUGGAAAGGUGACUUGUAGUAUCGUUGUUGAAGAUCCUUGGGACGCUGUUCUGCAACAGGAGAAAUCCACAGGAAAAUGCCUUCUUGAAAGAAAAGUUAGUGGGAAAUCUACUUCUGGGGCUACUGUUACAAGAAGCCGGUCUUUAAACAUUCGAACUGCUCAGCUUGCUAAGGUACAGGGCCAGUCAUCACAGACUGACAGUGGGACCACUAACCUUCCAGCAGGAAAUAACUUUCUCAAAAAUGUUGAAGGGCAAAAUCAAGAACAAGCUGCUUUUUGUGACACAGUUGCAAAGUUGAGGACCAAGUUUUCUUAUACUGAUUAUGAGACAAACUCAGGCUUUGUCUUGAGUCCAGUCUUGUUGCAAAGAAACAUCAGUGGAGAGAAUUCUAGCAUAAAGAUUUCAAUAGAAAUUGAAGGUUUCCAACAGCCAGUAACAUUUACAUGUGAUGCAAGUUCUCCAGUUGAGCUUAUAAUAAUGCAAGCCCUUUGUUGGGUACACGAUGACUUGAAUGACAUAGACAUUGGCAGUUACAUACUGAAAGUUUGUGGAGCAGAAGAGGUUUUGCAGAAUAAGCACAGUAUAGGCAGCCAUGAAUACAUUCAGAACUGUCGAAAGUGGGACACAGAGAUUAAACUGCAGCUCUUGACCCGAAGUCUAAUAUGCAGAGAUCUUGCACGAACAGAAGAUGAUGAGACACCUAUAGAUUUAACAAAGCAUCUCUACCAUGUAGAAAAGCUUUUCAGGGAGAGUAUUCAAAGUCACUCUCUUGAAGAGCUGUUAGAAGCUUAUCAUAAUCAAGUUGACAUGCUACUUAAAAAUGAGAAUCAACUUAAAGCAGUAGAACAGAUCAUUAAGACUGUUAAAAAAAUUUGUUCUACAUUGGAUGGGGUAGAGACCCCUGCAAUUACGACGUCUGUAAAGAGGUUAAGAAGAACAGUUAAUCUUCCAAGGAGUAAAAGUCCUGAGGUGCCUUUGCCGUCUUCUGAUGAUACCAGCAAGGAUGCAGUUGCUUCGUCACAGCCUGCCAACCCUCUGCAAACAAGCAUAGAUCAGCUGACCUCAGCCAUCUAUGCCCUUCUCCACCUCUACUUGAAUUCAUGCAGCAACGCUGCAUGCACUCCAAAGAAUGAUGCAAGCACUAAAGAAGCAUGGACCACCACAGAGCACCUCCAGUUCACAAUAUUUGCUGCUCAUGGAAUUCUCAGCGGCUGGAUCUCAACUUACGAAAAAUACUAUUUGGUUUGUUCUUUGACCCACAAUGGAAGAGAUCUGUUCAAACCCGUGCACUCCAAGAAAGUUGGCACAUACAAGAAUUUCUUCUAUUUGAUUAAAUGGGAUGAAUUGAUAAUUUUUCCAAUCCAGAUCUCUCAGUUGCCAUUAGAAUCUAUUUUAUGCAUUACACUCUUUGGAAUAUUAAAUCAGAAUGGUGGAAGUUCUCCUGAUACAAAUAAACAGAGAAAAGGCCCAGAGAUGUUGGGUCAAGUUUCCUUACCUCUCUUUGACUUUAAACAAAUGUUGACUUGUGGAACUAAACUUUUACACCUUUGGACAACUUCCACAAACAUUGUGCCUGGAAUAGCCCUUAAAAAAGGAAGUGUGAUGGAAAGAAUAGUAUUGCAGGUUGACUUCCCUUCCUUACCAUUUGAUGUUAUAUACAAGACUCCACAAGCUGCAAAUAGUUCCACGUGUUGUUCUAUAGACACAUUAGGAAAAGAUUCAAGAGACCGUCUUCUUUCCAUUUUUUCCAAAGAGGGUACUCUUGGACUGUCUAGAAAGAAUAAAGCCUUUUUGUGGGAAAAGCGACGUUAUUGCCACACAGAUGCGAACAGUCUUCCAAAGGUGCUAGCAAGUGCCCCAAACUGGGACUGGACCAAUCUCCCCGAAAUAUAUUCAGUGCUUCAACAGUGGCCUCCCUUACCACCUCUGACGGCCCUAGAAUUACUGGACAAGAAUUUUGCAGAUCAGGAAGUAAGAACAAGAGCUGUACAGUGGAUUGAGGCAAUAAGUGACGAUGAACUUGUAGAUUUGCUUCCCCAGUUUGUGCAGGCACUAAAAUAUGAAACCUACCUGGACAGCGCUCUAGUCAGAUUCCUUCUGGCCCGAGCAUUAGGAAAUAUUCGAGUAGCACACUAUCUCUAUUGGUUACUAAAGGACACCUUGCAUGAUGUCAGAUAUGGUGUAAGGUAUGAGCAUAUCCUUGGUGUCUUCCUUUCAAUCUGUGGGAGAAGACUUAGAGAAGAGCUGGAAAAGCAGACAAGACUGGUACAGAUCCUGGGAAUGGUGGCAGAAAAAGUAAAGCAAACGAGUGGAUCUGCCAGACAGGUUGUCUUGCAAAGUGGAAUGGAACGCGUGCAGUUGUUUUUCUUAAAAAACAAAUGCCGUUUGCCUCUUAGUCCAAGCCUUGUAGCAAAAGAACUGAAUGUCAAGGCGUGUUCCUACUUCAGUUCGAAUGCAGUGCCUCUUAAAGUUGCUUUGGUGAAUGCUGAUCCCUUGGGAGAAGAAAUUAAUGUUAUGUUUAAGGUUGGGGAAGAUCUGCGACAGGAUAUGUUGGCCUUGCAAAUGAUAAAAAUCAUGGAUAAGAUCUGGUUACAGGAAGGACUGGACCUGCGGAUGGUUAUCUUUAAAUGUAUUUCAACUGGCAAAGACAGAGGAAUGGUGGAGCUUGUUCCAGCUUCAGAUACACUUAGGAAAAUUCAAGUGGAAUAUGGGGUGACUGGAUCCUUUAAAGACAAGCCACUUGCAGAAUGGCUAAGAAAAUACAACCCUACUGAAGAAGAAUAUGAAAAGGCUUCUGAAAACUUCAUCUAUUCUUGUGCGGGAUGUUGCGUAGCCACAUAUGUCCUAGGUAUCUGUGACCGUCACAAUGACAACAUAAUGCUUCGCAGCACAGGACAUAUGUUUCAUAUCGAUUUUGGAAAGUUUUUGGGCCAUGCACAGAUGUUUGGAAGCUUCAAGAGGGACCGGGCUCCUUUUGUGCUGACAUCAGAUAUGGCCUACGUCAUCAAUGGGGGUGAAAAGCCUACUAUUCGUUUCCAGUUGUUUGUCGAUCUUUGCUGCCAAGCUUAUAACCUGAUCAGGAAACAAGCCAACCUUUUUCUUAAUCUGCUGUCAUUGAUGCUGUCUUCUGGAUUACCAGAACUUACUGGAGUGCAAGACUUGAAAUACGUCCUGGAUGCUCUUCAGCCCCAAACUACAGAUGCAGAAGCUACAAUUUUCUUCACAAGACUGAUUGAAUCCAGUUUGGGAAGUGUUGCCACGAAGUUCAAUUUCUUCAUCCACAACCUUGCUCAGCUCCGUUUUUCAGGCCUACCUUCCAACGACGAGCCCAUCCUCUCUUUCUCUCCUAAAACGUACUCACUUAAACAAGAUGGCCGUAUCAAGGAAGUGUCUGUGUUUACAUACCACAAGAGAUACAGUCCAGAUAAAUAUUAUAUCUAUGUUGUCAGAGUUUUAAGAGAAGGGCAGGCUGAACCCACAUUCAUCUUUCGGACAUUUGAUGAAUUUCAGGAACUCCACAAUAAGCUUGGUAUCCUGUUUCCUCUUUGGAAAUUACCAGGCUUUCCUAACAAGAUGGUUCUAGGAAGAACUCACAUAAAGGAUGUAGCAGCCAAGAGAAAAGUAGAGCUGAAUAGCUACAUACAGAGUUUGAUGAAUACAUCAACUGAUGUGUCAGAGUGUGAUCUUAUUUAUACUUUCUUCCAUCCCUUACUCCGUGAUGAAAAAGCUGAAGGAAUUGAUGGAAUAGCUAGGUGUACUGAUGCAUGUCCAUCAAGUCCCACCUCAGGCAAAGUAGGUGGAGAAGUUAAGCUGUCCAUUUCGUAUAGGAACAGCACUCUGUUUAUCAUGGUGAUGCACAUUAAAGAUCUGGUUACUGACGAUGGCACAGACCCAAAUCCAUAUGUGAAAACAUACCUCCUUCCAGAUGUACAUAAGACAUCUAAACGGAAAACCAAAAUAUCACGGAAAACAAGGAAUCCUACAUUCAAUGAAAUGCUUGUGUACAGUGGAUAUAGCAAAGAAACAUUAAAGCAGAGGAUACUUCAGCUAAGUGUGCUCAGUGCUGAAUCACUACGCGAGAACUUUUUCCUGGGUGGUGUCACUCUCUCCUUAAAGGAUUUUAACUUGAAUAAGGAGACUGUCAACUGGUAUCGGCUGACUGCUGUGCCGUACUUGUGAGCUUGAAAAUUCGUACAGAUGAAAAUGAGAAUAGAAUUGAACAAACUUGACUCCACUGCUAUCUGGUCACUUUUCCUACUUGAAGAUAACUUGUACACUUUAGCAUGAAACACUG